AUGGUAGCCGAGACGAAGCUAUAUGACGCCUUGAGCGUCAAACCAACCGCAACUCAAGAUGAAAUCAAAAAGGCCUAUCGCAAGGCAGCCUUGAAAUUUCACCCAGACAAGAACAAGAAUAAUCCUCAGGCUUCUGAAAAAUUUAAAGAGGUUUCUCAAGCAUACGAAGUCCUAUCUGAUCCCGAGAAACGCAAGGUCUACGAUCAAUUCGGCCUUGAAUACUUGCUCCGUGGUGGCCCACCACCCUCUCCCGGGGGAGCCGGAGGUGCAAGCGCAGGCGCUGGUGGUAUGCCCGGCGGCUUUGAUUUCGGUGGCAUGCCUGGUGGGGGAGGAGCACGCACUUUCCACUUCUCAACCGGUCCCGGAGGCAGUGGAGGUUUCCGAUUCCGCAACGCGGACGACAUCUUCAGUGACUUUGCUAAAUCGGGUGGUGGUGGUGGGAUGGGCGGUAUGGAUGAUGAUCUCUUCUCUAUGCUUAACGGUAUGGGAGGGGGUAGGGGAGGUGGAAUGCCAGGAGGAUUCCCGCGGGGACGUACCACCGGAGCAGGAUUUGGGCAAAAAGCACGCCGUGCCCCGACGCCCGAACCUACUGUUGUUGAGAUGGACCUGAAUCUCACCCUGGAGGAGAUCUUCAAGGGGACUACGAAGAAGGUGAAGACGAAGAGCAAGGCCUUUGACUCUAGUGGGAAGCGGACUGUCGAUGAAGUUACGCUGGAAGCAACUAUCAAGCCUGGUCUGCGCGCUGGAUCGAAGAUCAAGUACAAGAAUGUCGGCGAUCAGGAAGAAGGCGGUCGACAAGACGUGCAUCUUAUUGUGAAAGAGUUACCACAUCCCGAUUUCAAGCGUGUUGGCGACAACCUUGUCACGAACGUGACCCUCACUCUGAAGGAAGCCUUGACAGGUUGGGAACGUAUCGUUCGCACUAUCGACGGCAAAUCAAUCCGUGUCUCCAAGCCCGGUCCCACACAACCCGGCCAUGAGGAACGCUUCCCCAACUUGGGUAUGGUCAUCUCCAAGAAGCCCAGCGACCGCGGCGAUCUCGUCGUACACGUCAAUGUCAAGUUCCCUACCAGCUUGACAGCCGAACAAAAAACGAUCCUGGGCGAUAUCCUGUGA